GCCCCCAAAAUAAGUAGGAAUGGGCAGCGGCUGCUCACAGUCAACACACCUUUUCCAUUUGCUAACAAGGCCUUGGCAGUCUGGGAGGGAGUUGUGUCUGCUUGCCUCUGGAGAAAAGCCACUGAGACGAGACACAGACAUCAUGGAAGUGCUGCAAAGGACGCUUCUUUUUCUUCUUCUGUCCAGUGUUUGCAGUGGUGAAGACAGCAAAGAUGUUCAAAAUACGGGGACCUCUACAUCGUCAUCACCAAAUCAUGAAUUAAGAUUUACAACAGCAACAAGUGUAACACCACCACCUAAUCUUCACAAAUCGACACUUGGCACAUCUCCUCCAGGAACAAUCAACAAUGAAUCAUCAAAAACAUCUCUGAUGUCAACAGUUUCUUCAAUUACGACGGUUACAGUUGAAGGAACCACAAGCAAUGGCAUCACAAAGAACGAGUCUGUCACUGCAAAUGACACAAUGACUAAUCUUCCAACUGUCAAUGCUAUCUCAACUGUACAAAGUCCCCAACCCAAGGUUGAGAAUGUGAGUUCAAGCACAACAGCAGAAAUAAUAGUUAACACUCCACACCCAGCUGGAUCAGUUACUGAAUCCGAGACAUCACCUUCAUUGUCAUCGGUAAUGACAACUCCAGACAUCAUCUUUUCAUCUCCAGGUACUGAGGAUGGAAAGAAUAUGAGUGCUUCAUUAGCCAAAACCUCCUAUUCCAGUGUGAUUUUGCCAGUGGUUAUUGCUCUGAUUGUAGUGACACUUUCAGUAUUUGUACUGGUGGGUUUAUAUCGAAUGUGCUGGAAGACAGACCCAGGAACACAGGACAAUGGGAAUGAUCAACCUCAGUCUGAUAAAGAGAGUGUGAAACUUCUCACAGUUAAGACAAUUUCUCAUGAGUCUGGUGAGCACUCUGCGCAAGGAAAAACCAAGAACUGACAGCCUGAUGUAUCCUUCCUACAGCUAGGCAAUAAAUAUG